AUGGCUAUCCUUAACUCGGACCAAGAUGGCGUUUUCAGAUCACUUUCAGAUUCACUCCCAACUCAUUGCACUCUAAAUAUAGAGUCGUUUUCGUUGCUAGCUGAAUAUCAUGGAGUCAGUGGAUAUGAAUCAAAAGAGUUCGAAGCCGGAGGAUACAUAUGGAAACUGGUGCUGUACCCAAAUGGAAACAAGAAGAAGAAUGUGGAAGACCACAUCUCUGUCUACUUGCGCAUAGCCGGAGAAGAUUCACUUCAGACUGGUUGGGGAGUAUCUGUUGAUUUUAGAUUGUUUUUGCUUGAUCAGAAUAAGGGAAUGUACUUGGUUCUUGAAGAUGCUUUUACAAAGCAGAAGUGCUUUCACGCAGGGUUGCUUCAUGUAGGUUUUGAUAAGCUAAUCCGUCUUAAAGAAUUUACUGAUGUUUCCAAUGGAUAUCUCAUCGAUGACAAGUGUGUAUUUGGAGCUGAGGUCUUUGUUUGCAAAGAAAGAAAAACUGGCCAGGCAGAGUGUAUAUCAAGGAUAAAGAGCCCUUGUAUGUACAAGCAUGUUUGGAAACUUGAAAAAUUUUCAAAGUUGAACGCUCAGUUCUACCACUCAAAACAAUUCAGUGCUGAAGGACUAAACUGGGCUAUAGUAAUCUAUCCCAAGAGGAAAAGCACCACAAACGAUCCUUCUCAUCUGUCUGUUUACUUGCAAUGGGUUGCUGAAAAAACAAGUCAUGUCACCAAAGUAUUUACAGAGUAUGCCUUACGCAUUGUAGAUCGAAAUCAUGCCAGCAUUCAAUAUCGCUCAGAUAAGUACUGUUUUAACACUGCCUCUCGGACUCAUGGUUGGCCUGAAUUCAUUUCACUUGGUGAUUUAAGUCGUCUUUUGAAGUACGAUACUUGCCUAGUGGAGGCAGAGGUCACUGUUCGUGCAAUUGCUAAGAUUCUUGCUAAAGAUGCAUGCUGA